AUGUUCCGAAUUGUUUUAUCUCGUCGUUCAUUUUCUGUUUUAAAGCAAAUUAAAGGAAAAGUUUCAUCGAAUCCAAUUAAAAUUGAUACUGAUAUGCAAAAUAAGCUCGAACGUCUUUCAUUAAUUUCGUUUCAAAAUGAAACAACAAUAAGAAAAGUUGAACAAACCAUUCAUUCAUCGGAUAUUAUUCAUCAGGUCAAUGUCGAUCAUCUUCAGCCAUUAUAUACUUUAGCUGAAACCGAAUUAUGUCCUCUACGACAAACAGAUACAAUAUCAGCUGAAAAAACUCUUCAAACUAAACAAGUGCUUGCGAAUGCUACGAAAACUUAUGAAGAUUAUUUAGUUGCACCUAUGAUUGGUAAACGUGAUUCACAAACUGUUGAAAAAGUUGAUCAAACAGCAUUAUAA